AUGAAUCCUCAAUAUCACCACUACAUUCCAAGAUUCCUCCUGCGUAAUUUUGCUAUUGACAAAUAUGAGAGGGUAUUUGAGGGCAAUAUAAAACAGCAACAACGGAAAGGUCGAAGAAAAAACAAAGGGUUAAAAAAGGAAAGUCGUAGAAAGGCCGAGAUUCUUCAAACUUACGAUAGAAAGAAAGAACAACUGGGAACUUCUUUAAUUGGAGAAACUUAUGGAUACCGAGAUAUGUAUAAAGAUUUUAAUAAUAACGACGUGAUGCACGUAGAAGAGAAGCUUUCCAAGCUUGAAUGCCGGGCAUCAAAAACAAUCAAAGAUAUUUUGGAAGCAUCUCAGGAACAAAAUCAGGUCGUUUUGCUCAGGAAAGAUCUAGAAGAUCUACGCAAGUUUAUUUUUAUUAUGAAUUAUCGAAAUGGUCAUCGAUGGCGUCAGUUUACUGGCGCUAACUUUGAUCCUUCCACUAGGUCGAUGGUAAAAGAUUUUAUGCAGCAGCAAAAUUUAAAAAGACCCGAAGAAGUGUGGUUACAAAACAUCCGUGAAAUAUUAGAUACACCUCAUCAUGAAGUCAAAGAUAAUAUGAAAAUAUUUAAAGUAGAUAGAGAUGACUACAAGCAGCGCAUGAUCGAAUAUUUUCUUGUUAUUUGGCAAGCUGGCGAAAAUGACGAGUUUAUAGUAACCAGCAAUGGAUUUGGAAUCUUCGAAGGAGUAACUGGAACCAUUUUUGGGUCACCAUUUGGGUUUGCUUACCAUUCGUUUUACGUCAUUUCCCCAAAAUUGGUGUUAGUCCUCUGUCCUUCUUUUUUUCGAAAAGAGGUCGGACAAACUGAAAUAUUAUAUAAAAUGUUUAAUGGUCAACGCUCGAUAUUUGAAAACGUUCCUCACCCCGCAGCAAUUCCGAAACACGUUGGUCGCGUAAAUGCUUCUCGUAGUGGAUCAAACGAUGAACCAAAAUUUGACAUAACCAACUUAACUGAUCCAUUUGAUUUGAAAUCUCAUUUAUUUGACGCGGCCCUAAAAGCCAAUGGUAUCAAAAGACAUAUGAACGACGAAUUUACAUUUUCUUUCGUCAAGAUCGAUUCAGCCACCGUUCACCUUGUAAACGCUAUCUUGCUCAACGAGGUUGGACCAGAUCUAGUUUUGACUUUCGUUUCCCAUUCGUACCUUUACAAGACAAUUGUCAAAUACCACAACCAUUAUGAAGACAGUGCAAAAAAAGAUUUCACGAAUUUGAAAAAGAAGUUGAGAACUGAAUUAAACAGAACUCACGAGGAUGAUCUGCAUCUUCGGAAAAACGUUCCAGCAAGCAGCACAUUUACUUGGAAUGUUCGUGAGAUGAUUAAGAAUCAUGAUAAAUAUUAA